GUCACACACACACUGUCUCUCCACACGUGCGCACCCACACACACACACACACACACACGCAAUGAAACUGAGAGUUGCUUUGAUCGGGAGAUCAAGAGACACACACACAUUCUCUCUUUCUCUCACACACAGAGGGAGUAAGGAAGGCAUCCAGGCUGGUGCCUUUUGAAGCAGCAGUGAAAGAGAGAGGAGAGAGGACAGGGGGAAUCUAAGGCACCGGACCACUGUCACCUACCGACCAGCCCCCCGCCGAUGAUCCACGGCUACAGCCACUGCACAGUGAAAAGGGGGUUAUGCCAGGAGAGCUUGAAAGGAAGGAACGAUCCAGCUCUCCGUCUGUCCGUCCACCCGUCAUCCUCAUUCCUCUUUUUUUUCAGAGCCGAUAUCUCAGGUCGGACGGUCCCGUUUUGAAUUCUUUCUUUUUCUCUUGUAAUUUUAGUUUUUUUCUCUUUUUUGAUGGAGGGAUGUGAAGGAUCAGGUGAAGAAAGGAGGAGCUGCAUUGUGGAUGUCUGAAAGCUUGUGUCAUUUAUAGUUUUUUGGGUUUGUUCUUAUUUCAACGAUCACUUUAUUUCAACGAUCACCUCCUGACUGAAUUGAAGCGUGUGUGUGAGCAGCAGGACUGGAGGCUAUAAGGACUUUGAGACUUAUCUCUGUUUUGAUAUGAUUCGGUCGUCAGGAAAAUUCUUUCCUGUCCUGAAGGAGCUGUGUCAAAGUUAGCUGGCGCUGCAGGGAGAGGAAGGGGCCGUGGGGAGGGCCGUGGCCCAGGACAAAGCACCCAACCUGGGACGCACACAGAGGGACACUGGCGUAGUGGCUCUUCUCACCCACUGAUAACUGUGUACCUGAAAAUGACACCAUGAGUUUUAUAUCUUCCUGCUGCCAUUGUGACGGAGGGACAGUGACAACAACGUAAACAACAACAAGUGCAAUAGCAGGCAACAGCCUAAAGGAGAACAACAACAGCUAAACCACCAGUGACUGGAACAACACAUUGCAUCGAACCAAACCUCAACUAGUCAACAUCCCACAACUUUGGGUGAGCCUUUGACAAGGACUCCACCACUCUCACUGCCGUGGUGGUCUCCUCCCUCCAUUCACCAGCAAGAAUCCCCUAGUGACCCCCACUCUGCUACUAUAUUCCUCCAGAUAUUGUUGACAUAACAUAUUGACAUUUCUAUGUCAAUCUAGGAAAGUUUUCUCAAGGAUUCUGGGUAAUCUCCUCCGGCGGUGCGCCGUCGCCCUGGGUGAAAGGGCAGGGGGGCGGCCCACGGUUCCCCCCGACCACAACCGGGUGAAAAACAGGAGCGGGCGGCAAUAUGGCGGCUCUCGCCAGCUCAUUGAUCCGCCAGCGGCGGGAGGUGAAGGACCCCCAGGCCAACCGGCAGGUGGCCAACAAGAGGAAGCCGUGCCCCAAGGCCAACAAGUCCCUGUGCCAGAAACAAAUAUUAUUACUCAUAUCAAAAGUCCGACUAUGUGGCAAUCGAGGGCGAAAGUUAGAAAAAAAACCGGAGCCCCAACUGAAAGGUAUCGUCACAAGACUCUACAACCGGCAUGGCUUCUACCUCCAGAUGCUUCCGGAUGGCACCAUGGACGGCACAAAGGACGAAAGCAGCUCCUUCUUGCAGUUCAACUUGAUUCCUGUGGGACUGAGGAUAGUAGCCAUCCAGAGCACUAAGACAGGGCUCUACAUUGGGAUGAACAGCGAUGGAUACCUCUACACCUCAGAAUACUUCACCCCAGAGUGCAAGUUCAAAGAGAGUGUGUUUGAGAACUACUACGUGACGUACUCGUCAAUCCUGUACCGGCAGACCCAGUCGGGCAGGGCCUGGUACAUCGGCAUCAACCGGGACGGACAGGUCAUGAAGGGCAACAGGGUCAAGAAGACCAAAGGGGCGGCCCACUUCCUGCCCAAACUCAUAGAAGUGGCAAUGUACAGGGAGCCUUCGCUGCAUGAAGUGGUGGUGGUCGCCGAGCUGAGUCCGCCCAGAAAAACGGCCAAGACCUCCGAUUCGCCCGUGCUGCAGAACGGCAAGAAAGACCCGCCCUCCAAAACCAAAACUUCCUAGCGCAUGGAGAAGACAGGGGGCAAUGGGCACUGACUGGCACUGGCACUGACUGGCGAACAAAGUCUUCCUGUUUUUAUUACAAAGGGGGGUCACCGUCAAAUGUUUCCCCCUUGCCCCACCGAGCAGCGCGUAGAGGGGGCCGUAUUGUUCUAUAUUCCCACAGGUUUCAUCCUAAUGUAAGGUUGACCAAGGAUGUGAAAUUUCACUCUAUUCCGUUUAUAGUGCACUACUUCUGACCAAAGCUUGCACAGGACUCUGGUCAAAAGUAGUGCACUAUAAAGGGAAUUUGGGUGCCACAUGGGACGUGUCCCCAAACACCCUGUUGUUCUCUUCACAUCUGUUACCAGGUGUUCUCUGUCCGUCAGCACCUUUGUGACCAUAGCGAUCCCCUCCAUACUUAAGCAAUGAUGUGGAGGUUCUCUUUUCUUUUUUUCUUUUUCUCGUUCACCUUUGGUGAAAUUUGAUUAGUUUGUGACACGGAGUCAAUUUUCCACUCGGCAGCACAAGAGAAACUUCCUCGUUCUUCUCUAGGGCUGUUAACAGCAGCUCUCUAAUCAAAAUCUCCCAUACCUCUUUAAAGAGAGAGAGGAACCUCCCCACUGCACUGCAUUGAACUACACACAUACACACACACACACACACACCCUUCUGAGAGAGAGUGGUGAUUGUGUGCGGGUCAGGGCUUAAGGAAUGGUAAUGACACCAUCAGUGAGAUGGUGUUGGUCUCUGAGAAUCUGUUUGCAAUACACCCUCCUAUCACUACAACACAAUGUAUCAUUUCUCUAGCUCAUGCCUUCAGUCAGGGAGAUACAUACUGUUGGGCCCACAGCAGGUCAGUGGCACCUUAAUUGGGGUGGACGGGCUCGUGGUAAUGGCUGGAGCGGAAUGAGUGGAAUGGUAGCAAAUGUGUUUUCAUGUGUUUGAUGCCAUUCCAUUUGCUCCGUUCUGGGCAUUAUUAUGAGCCAUCCUCCCCUCAGCAGCCUCCUGUGUCGUAGGCCUAUUGUGGUUUUGUUUGAGUGUUUUUGUAGUUGUGUAUGUUAUUGCAGGACAGUUGUGGUUCUUUCCUGAGGGCUACAGCCUCUUUAUGGAAUUAUCAGGCCAAACAGACUGGCACCCAGGCUAAUAACCUCCUGGUUCCAUGUUUAUUUCUGAUGUUGAUCUCAACUUCAGAUGUAAUAACCAACUAGUAUGCACUGAACCUCAUCAACACAUGAUCCAGUAUCCUGAGCAGAUCGUAGUUAUUACGAGCCUCCUUUACUGCACGCUACACCAUCAUGUCUGGUCAUUGCCCACAGCAACGUCAUUGUUGUACAGUAUGAAAUCUGUUGUUGUUUUGUUGACGUUGACAGCGCCAGUUACAGGUUGCUAAUUCUCGAUGGCUGCAUCCGAAAAGGUACCGACCAGAGCUCUGGUCAAAGGUCACGCAGUACAGGGAAUACGGUGCCUGUCGUUGACAUGCGUCUACAAGACUAUGAUGUUUUUAUUUUAUUUUACCGUGAUGUGGUUACAGGAGGGAUUUGAGUUCCCAUCCCAAAUGGAAUGUUAGGUCACACUUUAUUUGGAGAAUCCGGAUUUAUGGUCAUACUGUCAACAAACUAUCUGUUGAUGAGCAACUACUUGGUAAGGUUACAAUUUGGGUUAGAAUAAGGGUACGGUUAGGGUUUAAGUUAAGUUUAGGGUUAGGAUAAGGGUAAGGGUAAGGUUUAGGGUUUAAGUUAAGUUUAGGGUUAGGAUAAGGGUAAGGGUAAGGUUU